AUGGUUCGUGUUAUUCCCCACGCUCUCCUGGCCCUGUCCAGCGUGAUCGGCACUACGAGCGCGGCAUCCCAUGCCCGUGCAUCCAGCCAGUCAUGCAAUAAAGUCCAAUAUCAUUUCCCAGCUGGCACCGGGAAGAAUGACCCGCGUGCGGAGGCUGUGAAGCAGGCGUAUGUUCGGGAGUGGAACGAGUACUACAAAUAUGCAUUCCCUCAGGAUGAUCUCGAGCCUCUUACUCACAAUGGCACCGACGACCUGUUUGGCUGGGGCGCUUCUGUUGUCGAUGGCAUCGAUACGGCUGUCGUGAUGGGCCUGACCGAUAUCGUCGAGAAGCAGUUGAAGCACAUUGCGGCUACCGAUUUCACGAAAUCUGCCACGAUUGUCAAUUUCUUCGAUAUCAAUAUUCGCUACAUUGGGGGACUCCUGAGUGCUUAUGACCUGAUCAAGAGCGGCGAGUUCCCCAAUCCUUACGAUCAGGAUCUCGUGGAGAUGUUAUUGACCCAGGCUACUCGGCUGGCGAAGGCCAUUAGCCCGGUCUUCGAAACCGCCACGGGGCUGCCUGCCGCCACGAUGAACUUCACCUCUGGCGAAGUCAUCCAAAGUACCACCAGCGUUCACGGAAAAAGCUAUAAUAGCACCAACACUGCCCAGGCGGGCACCUUGAUCCUGAGAGCACAAAAGGCAGAAGAGUACCUGCUCAAGCCGAGCCCGGCCCCGGCCUUCCCUGGCCUCGUCGGUACGGAGCUUGAUACCAGCACUGGUCAAUUCAUUACUUUUGACGGAGGUUGGGAGGCCGGUGUGGACAGCUUCAUCGAGUACCUGAUCAAGGGCUAUGUGUACGACCGCGACGACACUUAUAUGCAAUCGAUGAAGGAUUUCUGGUUGGUGACUGCCGAGUCGACCCAGGAGCACAUCGCGCUGUCUCCUUACCACCACCCCGAGCUCACUUUCUUGUCCCAGCUGGACGAGGAUGGGAACAUCAUGUGGACGAUGGAUGACUAUGCUUGUUUCGCUGGCGGUAACCUGCUGCUCGGUGGCCACUACCUCGACCGCCCUGAGAUCACCGCACUGGGCAUCAAGGUCGCCGACAGCUGCCACAGAUGGUACAACGCCACUCUAACUGGCCUUGGCCCUUCCAGUAAGGACCACUCCCUCUACCCCUGCUAUAGUACAGUACAACAUGGAGCUCACCAAGCCACAGGCAUCGGCUGGUACAACGCCAGCAACCAGCCCUACGACCCCGAGUACAACAACGCCACGUACCGCGCCCAGGGUGCUAAGCUAGGCUACUUCAUCGAAGACCCCUCAUACCGGUCCUAUCCGGAGCCUCUGGAGAGCAUCUUCUAUGCCUACCGAGUGACUGGCGACACGCGCUGGCAGCAGUACAACUGGGAGAUCUUCAACGCUCUGGACACAGCCCGUUCCAAGGCGGUGCCGUAUGCUGAGAUCUCGGAUGUCAACAAGCCCUACGGUGGCACGCUCAUUAACUAUGUGUCCAGCUUCUACUUCGCAGAGGUCCUGAAGUACUUGUAUCUGACUUUCGCCGAACCGGACGUGGUCAGUUUGGAUAAGUAUGUUUUCAACACGGAGUGUCAUCCUUUCACCAUCAAGACUCCUUGUUAA